UAUUGCCACCAGAGGAAUCGGUCGGGUUAUAAAUAGUCCCGAGAUACAGGCAGGUUUACUGUUUGCAAUUGUUCCUGGAGGAUUCUCUGGAAGUGUGAGGUGGUAAGAGUCGCAGAAAAUGGUUUCUUCCCUUGUUCGCCGACGCAUAUUGAGCGGCAUUCCAUCUGGCAUUACUCGAGAUUGGAAACCACAGCAGAUAUCAAAUUUCGCAACGGCAGUACCACCGGUGACUCAAGAUGCGACCAGUUCAAAAGGCCCCACGGCGAUGGUCUUCCUAAACAUGGGAGGUCCAUCGACGACAGAUGAGGUUGGGGACUUCUUAAGCCGGUUAUUUGUACGUCCUGCCAUCAUCGCAAUGACAGUGUCCCCCAUCCAACAUUCUCAUCAGCUCACUUCUUUCUUAUCAAAAGGCCGAUGGUGACUUGAUACCGCUGGGGCGAUUCCAAUCACAUAUAGGACCUCUCAUCUCCCGUCGAAGAACGCCCAAAAUCCAAGCUCAAUAUGCAGCUAUCGGAGGUGGCUCCCCCAUUCGCAAGUGGUCAGAGUACCAAUGCCAGAAGAUGUGCGAGAUAUUGGAUAAGCUUUCGCCCGAGACAGCACCGCAUAAACCUUACGUCGCGUUCCGCUAUGCGGCUCCUUUGACGGAAGAGACGUAUGCGAAACUGCUGGAAGAUGGCUUUGGGAAUGGGAAGGGAGGGCGUGCUGUAGCAUUCACACAAUACCCACAAUACUCCUGCUCCACAACAGGAAGCUCAUUGAACGAGCUGUGGAAGUGGAGGCACCGCCUGGAGGGCAAACGCUCCGCCGGAAACCUGGAUACCAUUCAGUGGAGCGUCAUUGAUCGCUGGCCGACUCAUCCCGGCCUGGUGGAAGCCUUUGCAAAGAACAUCGAGGACCAACUCAAGACAUAUCCAGAAGAGAAGCGGAACAGUGUGGUACUACUAUUUUCGGCACACAGUUUGCCCAUGAGUGUUGUCAACAGGGGGGACCCUUAUCCGGCUGAGGUUGCUGCGACUGUCCACGCAGUGAUGCAGAGAUUAAACUUCAGCAACCCAUAUCGGCUGUGCUGGCAGUCCCAGGUUGGUCCCUCUGCCUGGCUUGGAGCCCAGACCAGCGAUACAGUGAACCACUAUGUUCAGCGCGGGCAGACGGAUCUACUCCUUGUGCCAAUUGCUUUCACCAGCGAUCACAUUGAAACACUCUAUGAACUCGACCAGGAAGUCCUACGGGAAGCCAACCAUCCCGGCGUCAAGCGAGCCGAGAGCUUGAACGGCAGUCCCAUCUUCAUCCAGGCCCUUGCAGACAUUGCCCUAGACCAUCUCCGGAAGGAAGAAAAGUGCUCCCUCCAAAUGACACUCCGCUGUCAAGGUUGCAAGAGCGAGAGGUGUUUGGCGCAGAAGAAAUUCUUCGCGGGCGAACAAGGGGCUUCUCUUGUGGUAUAACCGAUUUAUGUUUUGUUCCUUUCCUAUUGGAACACUAAAAAAGAAUAUAUACAAGCUAAUCCAUGUACUAUUAUUAUGCCCAGGUUUGGCGUUUCUACUUUGAUUCAGGUUUGUCGGAAAGUUGGAAAAGCCGGGCUGCUAGACAAAAGUUAAGCCAUAAAUCAAAAACAAGUCAGACAC